GAAGUUUCAAUCUUUCUUUAUUUUUCGCUUUCUCUCUCUCUCUAGCCUUGUAGCUCAGCUGCAUUUCUGAGGAUUUAAACAUAAAAAGGUUGGAAUUUGAUGCUUUGUGCUAGUUCCAAGUUGGUGAAUUUGGGUUCUUGUUAAAAAACUUUAGCAUUUGAUGCUUUAAGGGGUACCAAUCAAACACCCAAUUUCAGGGGGGACUGUGAAUGACACUCUGCCUCAUUUCAGUUCUUGCAUAAUUCAAGUAAAAAUUUGAUGCUUUUUGGCCAUUUUUUGGAACACCCAUUUCUCCAAAUUCCUGUUCCAAGGGUUAAUUCAGAACUUGGUUGCUUUCUUUUUAUUCUACAAGAAUUGAUCCUCCUUGUUUGUGUGUUGAGCUGCCUAACAAAAUCAAUCACUUUGGUUUUUUUUCUUUUAUAAUUGUUCCUAGAGAUUGUGAAAAAAAACAAUAGUUCUUCUCUAAGCUCUAAGGAAUACAAGGGGAAUCUGAUUUUAUUUUUUUUACACUUGCAAGCUGUUAACUUUAUGCUCUAUAAGGUUCACUUUCAUCUCCUGUGAGAAGAAUUUUCUCUCUUUUUUUCCUUACUGCAGAGUAGAUUUGAUCCUAGGGUUUAUUAGAACAAGAGGUAAACAGUCUUUAUUAAGAUUUUUGUGUGCCAGAUGCAUUUGAUUUCCACUUUUUCUUUGCUUCUCCAAGAUGCUGCAAUGAGAGGUUUCUUUUACUUUAACAUUCUCUCAGUUCUAUAAAGCUGCCAUUGUUGUUUGUUCCUUGUUCAGACUGCAAGAUAUCCCCCCAAACUAAAUUUGGUCAAACCAACCUUCUCCCAAAGGUUGAGUUUCCUUAGAAUUUGGGUUUUCUUUUUAGCUUUUGAAUCUUAGAAAAUGACUAGUGAAAAUGAUGAUAUGGGAUUGGCGAUGAGUUCAAUAUCCAUGUUCAACAAGUCUUCAAACACAUCAGAUUCUUUCUUCAGUUCUUGUUGGGAUCCAAUUGUUUCACAGAGUGGAAGCCUUGGAGGUUCUUCAAUGGCUUCCCAUUACCAUCUUGUGAUGGAAAAUCAGGGAAUUAGUGGCACUUCCCAUGUUUCCCACUAUCAAUCUGAUCCAAGCUUUGUUGAGCUGGUGUCAAAGCUUACUGGCUUUGAUGGUGGAAAUUUGUCUCAAAUGGUUGGUCCCUUUAGUCUACCACAAUGCAACCAAGUUGCCAACCGCAGGUGCCCUCCGAAUUUCACUCUAAACACCGAGGGUGGCAACGAAAGGGGUUCGACAAAUAGUUUGCGAUUUCUUGAUGAACACCGAAUCUCAAAAGAAGCACUUGUUGGCACCUCGCCUAAUGGAAAGAUCCGAAAAUGUGCUCCUGAGUCCGGCUCUCCGUUAAGAUCAUGCAAGAAUGGUGAUGAAGAGCCUGUAAUGGAUCUGUCUAGUGAGGGAUGCGAUGGUCCGAGAGAACAGGCCAGGAAGAAACCGGAAACGGAACAGAAUACAGGUGCUAAUUCACGUGGUAAGCAAGCUGUUAAACAAGAUAAAGACAGUUCUCAAUCCGAGGAAGCUCCUAAAGAAAAUUACAUCCACGUGAGAGCAAGAAGGGGUCAGGCUACAAACAGUCAUAGCCUUGCAGAAAGGGUGAGAAGGGAGAAGAUAAGUGAGAGAAUGAGAUUGCUUCAAGAACUCGUACCGGGGUGCAAUAAGAUUACUGGGAAAGCUGUAAUGCUUGAUGAGAUUAUCAACUAUGUCCAGUCAUUGCAGCAGCAGGUUGAGUUUUUAUCGAUGAAACUCGCCACCGUCAACCCGGAGAUAAACCUCGAUUUAGACAGAAUUCUAUCCAAAGACAUUCUUCAUCAACGGAGUGGAAGUGCUGCAGUUCUCGGACUCGGUCCAGGGUCGAACUCCCCUUAUGGUUUCUCCCCUAGUACCUUUCCCGGAACAAUUUCAGGCAUCCCGAAUAAAAAUCCGCAAUUCCCACCCUUGCCUCAGACUGUACUAGAAAAUGAGCUGCUAAAUCUUUUUCAAAUGGGAUUUUCCGGUUCGACCAUGGAUGGUUUUGGACUAAACGGUCAAUUAAAACCGGAGAUGUGAUAUUGGGAAGAAACUGACAUGAGAAAUAAGCUUAGUCCCACCUAACCAAGAAUUUCAUAUGUUUCAAGUAAAAUGCAGAUAAGCUAUGCAUGGGAUUAUUUCAGCUGUAUAGGUUAUUAAGUUUCUAACAAGAUCAUGUGUAUUUGGUUGAUGGAAUCUUGAUUUUUGAUUGGUAUUUUUGUUUGAUGCUUUGUGAAAAUAUUGGAAUAUGGUGGUUAAGUU